AUGGCAUCUCGACGUGAGCAGGAGGCAGCAGCGGCUGUCCUCGCACAAGCAGAGUCGUUAUUAGUACAAUCCCUCGCAGACAACGCGCUCUCGCUGCUCGUGAAGCUCGAGCGGGCGACACCUGGCGCCAAGGGAUUGGCUGAGCUGCUCGCAGUGGCUCAGGUUCUCGCGGCUGUCGGCCACACGCCCGAGUGUCCAAGGUGUCGCCGUCCCAUUGGUCCUCUUCCCAAGGACUACGUGGAUUGGUUCGGCGUGCUCCAGGUGGAUGCGCGGACGGACGAAGGCGGAAUCAAGAAGCGGUACCGACAGCUAGCGCUCCUGCUGCAUCCGGAUAAAAACAAGUCACAGAAGGCCGAAGCAGCGUUCCGUUACGUCAAGGAGGCGCACACAAUACUGACAGACAGCAACAAGCGAGCCGUGUUUGAUUCCCUACGCACCCGCCUCCCUCCCUGCCCCUGCUCUGCACCCGCGGGAGGUAGAACCAUGGGGGUGCAGAGGGGUGCAGGGGGGUUCAGAGCGUCUCAGGGGGCGAGUUGGGCGGGCAACGAGGCGGGGCGGCUGCAGGAGCUGCGGGAGCAAGCCAAGGCGCGCGUGGUGUCGUUGGAGAGAGAGUGGGAGGAGAAGAAGGAGCAGUGGCUUCGCGACUUUGAACAGGCUAAGGUGCAGCAGCAGGCGCAGCAGCAGGAGCAACAGGAGCAGGCGGAGGAGCAGGAGCGGGAGGAUCAGGAGGAGCGUCAGCAAGCGCAGCAGCAAGAGCAGGGGGCGCAGCAGGAGCAAGAGCAGCAGGCGGAAAGGGGGGUGGAUGGGGAGAGAGAGCAAGAGGGGGAGGAAGGGACGAAUGCAGCGAAGGGAAAGCGUGUGGAUGAAGAGAGUGAGGAGGGUGUGAGUGAGGGGAGUGCAAGUGAGAGGGGUAUGAGUGGGGAGGGUGCGAAUGAAGGAGGUGUGAGUAAUGCUGCAGCUGCCCCAGCCUUGCAGCGUGCCACAUGUGGGGAGCCAUCCCGUGGCCAGACAGGGUCCUCUGAGGAGAAUCCGGAACCUGUAGGUGACUCGAUAUGGGAACAGCUGGCAGAUCUCGUGGAUGAUGCUGACGUGGAAGGUGCUGACGUGGAAAGCGAGGGCAAAGACAGGAGGGUUGGCAGCAGUUGGAGUGGCAGCAGUGGAGAACAGGAGGACAGGACGGAGCAAGCAGAGGAACGGAACGAGGGGAGGGAGAAACGGGCAGAGAAACGGGCAGAGGAGCGGGCAGAGGAGCAGGGCAACGAAGCAGUGGAGGUCAACCUCUCCUCUCCAGACGUGCAUGGCCAUGAAACGCAUGGAAAACGGGUGGUAAGGAAGGGUGACUGGGAGGGAGUACCCGUGCAUGCCGAUGCUGGGUCCACCAAAGGGGACCUGCCCACUUCCUUCCGCGCCACCACAACAGGCAGAGCUGCUGCUGACGCGAUGGCAGCCGCUGCUGCUGCCACGGAAGCUGCCCGAAAGGUUCUCGAGCGGUCCCGGUCAGUUAUGAGGAAGGGAUCCGUGCGGCCUGAGGGAGACCGUGGCCGAGCGGAGGGAGCAGGCGAGACGGGCGGCACAGGUGAGGCGGGUGGCACAGGUGAGGCGGGUGGCACAGGUGAGGCGGGUGGCACAGGUGAGGCGGGUGGCACAGGUGAGGCGGGUGGCACAGGUGAGGUGGGCGGCACAGGUGAGGUGGGCGGCACAGGUGAGGUGGGCGGCACAGGUGAGGUGGGCGGCACAGGUGAGGUGGGCGGCACAGGUGCGGCGGGUGGCGCAGGAGAAGCGGGCGGUGCAGGCGAGAAGGCUAGUGACGGUGAGAUGCAGCAACAGCAGCAGCAGCAGCAGCAGCAGUGUGCGUGGGCCGUGAAGCAGACACAGUGGAUGGCGGUGAGCCACGAGAAGCUGAAUCGCAAGGAGGGCAAGGAGAGCAGUGGGGACGUGUUGGAAACUCUGCACAGGCUGAGGCGCGACACACAGGCUGUUGCCGCCUCACUGGAUAACCUCAGGCGCAGACUCUCUGCCCGCCCUGCUGCCGUCUUCCCUGCCUCUGUAACAGGGUCUGUGCCGGGAGUAACUGGGUCGCCGCCAGUGCAAGUUCCUGCGUCCUAG